AUCCCACCCUGUCUUCACUCUCUUAAAACUCCAAUUAAAGUGAUGUGUCGAUUAUCUACUAGUGACUGCAUCUUCUUUAAUGCAAGGCGUUUGCCCAUACUCAGUUUGAAUCGAUCACUAAUGAUUAUUGGAGACCUACCGCUGGAAGAAGCCUUUCUCUUCAAAAUGGCCACUAUGACUGAGAAAUCACAGUGCUCUUUCAAGUGCCGAAAUCAGAAAAGUAGUGAUAUUUGACCGACCGAGGUCUAAAAUCUCCGGCGGUGGCAGUGUGCCAGGAUAUGGCAGGCGCCAUUGCAAUACUCAAACCAGCCAUAUAUCCAUGCGGUCCCACCAACCAAAACAACACCAGCAGCAGAACAUCCACAAAAAUAGACCCUAUAUCAAAGAUAAAUGAAAAAUAGACUCAUGAUUCCAGAUCCUCUGAAAAUUUAGGGUCCCAGAGACCUGGUUGAUCUGGAUCUGGUCUCAAAGGAGUGCAACGAACGGCAGACGCGUGCGUCUUGAACGAGAGAGGAUGCUGCAGCCAUCCGGGCAGGAUGGUCGUACUGACCAACUGACCAACAUCAUCGGACAAACACUGACGGCAUUCAGUUGUGGCUGGGCCUACUGUUUUUUUCCUUUUCCCCUUAUCCCAAAUGCUUUUGCUGUGGGGUGGGAGCGUUUUUUCUCACUUGGGGGAUCUCCCGCCUCUUUUCUUAUUUUCUCUUUUUUUUCUUUCUUCUGUAAGUCCUUGUGCGCCUGUGUAUGUCAUCCGGACAUUGCCCUUGUUGAGUGGAAAAUGCUGCUAGAUAUCCAGUCUGGUUGGCUUCUUGUGUCCUUUGCCAGUCUCAAUUUGCCCUUCAUCCUAUGGUCUUUUCUUUUCUUUUUGGUCUUGGGCUUUGUUCUGAUUUAUCUUCGUUCUUCUGAUCUCUAUUUGCAUAUAUAUUUGAUUUUUAGAGUAUAAUUGAUCUUGUUUGGUAUUUAUAUCCAUUUGGAGGGAAAAUCCGCGUGUCACUGUUUUGAAUCACUC